CCGGAGCGGAGUGAGUUGUGUUGACGGCGUGUAGCGGCACGGCACGCAGACCACUUGUUGGGGUUCUUGAUUGUUACAGGCGCCACGUAAAGUAUAUUUAAUAUAAAAAAAUGGCCAGUAACAAUACCAGGCGUCUAUUCAAACUAGUGAGUGACCACGCUCCUGUUAACAGACGAUACUAUGCUACCGCCAAAAGAGUGGUUGCUGCUAAGCCGGUGGUGGAGAUGGACGGAGAUGAGAUGACUCGCAUCAUCUGGGCAAUGAUUAAGGAGAAGCUCAUCUUCCCUUAUGUCAAGCUGGACUGCCUGUACUACGACCUGGGCCUGCCUCACCGUGACGCCACGGAUGACCAGGUGACCGUCGAUGCCGCCCACGCCAUCCUCAAGCACAAUGUCGGUAUCAAGUGCGCCACCAUUACGCCCGAUGAACAGAGAGUUGAAGAAUUCAAGUUAAAGAAGAUGUGGCUGAGUCCGAACGGUACGAUUCGUAACAUUCUGGGCGGCACGGUGUUCCGGGAGCCGAUCCUGUGCAACAGCAUUCCGCGGCUGAUCCCUGGCUGGACCAAGCCCAUCGUCAUCGGCCGUCACGCGCACGGUGACCAGUACAAGGCCCAGGACUUCGUUGUGCCUAAACCUGGAAAGGUAGAAAUGGUGUACACGGCAGCAGACGGCACUGUGGAGAAGCGACUACUGUUCGACUUCAAGACGCCCGGCGUCGCCAUGGGCAUGUACAACCUUGACGACUCCAUCCGAUCGUUCGCUCAUUCCAGUUUUCAGGUGGCGCUAACGAAGAAAUGGCCGCUCUAUCUAUCCACAAAGAACACUAUUCUGAAACGCUACGACGGUCGAUUCAAGGACAUCUUCGAAGAAAUUUACCAAAGUGACUACAAGCAGAAGUUCGAGGCGGCUAAGAUCUGGUACGAGCACCGUCUGAUCGACGACAUGGUCGCGCAGGGCCUCAAGAGCGCCGGCGGCUUCGUGUGGGCCUGCAAGAACUACGACGGAGAUGUGCAGUCUGACAUUGUAGCCCAGGGUUACGGCUCCCUUGGUAUGAUGACGUCAGUGCUGAUGUGCCCGGACGGGCGCACCGUGGAGUCGGAGGCGGCGCACGGGACGGUCACCCGUCACUACCGCAUGCACCAGCAGGGCAAGCCUACGUCCACCAACCCUGUCGCGUCCAUCUACGCCUGGACCCGGGGCCUCAUCCACCGCGCCAAGUUAGACAAUACUCCCGAGUUGGAGAAGUUCGCGCUGUCGCUUGAACAGGCCUGUGUAGAGUGCAUCGACAGCGGCAAGAUGACCAAGGACUUGGUGAUCUGCAUCCACGGCAUGGAGAAUACGAAGGAAGGCAUGUACCUGCACACUGAGGACUUCCUUCUAGCCAUCGCUGAGCAACUAGAGCGAAAACUCACUAAGUAAAUAAAUAUGUUCAUUAUACAAUUAUAUGCGGGUGUUCGGUGACCAACGAACCACUUGUGAGGCGGGAAAAAAAAGCGCGAUGUGUUUUUUUUUAAAUUGUUGUGCCUUAAUCUGCUCCUCUGGCGCCUAUUUUUUAAGUUAGGUUGCCAUCCCGCUAUGGACGCUUUGUAUAUGUACACACAAAUACCAAGACAAAGAAAAAAUUACCCUCCUUCUGCGGCAGUCGGAUGCAAGAGAGAAAUGUUUGGAAAAAUAUAUUGAUUGGUUCUCAUCACAAGUGGUACCUUUUGAAUCGGACGCUUACAUCUCAUGCUCAGUAAACCCCGUCUUAGGAUUAGGUUACAAAGCAUUAUGCUAAAUUUGAAAUACUCGGAAAAUCUAUACCAUGUAAAAUAACAUCACUUUAAAUAAUAUAAUAAUAAUAAUAAUAUAUCUUUAUUUCGUACCAUUAAAGCAAAUGAAGUAAAAAAAUAUCUAUUGGUGAGAAGAAAAUGCAUUUUGUAACAUACAUUUCCAAACUUAGUCCCCUAAGAAUAACCAGUAGGUAGGAGUAACCAGUGAUUGUAUUUACAACAGAGGUGACAUUCAUUAUUAUAAUAGAGCUAUUACAAUUUUGUUAUGUAUUUUUGCGAUGUAUACAAGAUGAUUCUUGAACUUUUUUAAAUUGAAUAAAUGAUGUAAAAUUUAUUUCUACAGUGCGGAAAACUCAUCAGUGAUUCGAUAAGAAAAUAUUAGUCACAUGAAAACAAUGUUAUUAUGAAGAUAUUGGAAGACGAAAAUUGCCAUAUUAUGCUUAGUCUUGUUACGAAAUUAAACUAUUUUUAAAUAAAUAGUAGAAAUUAUAAAUAGGUACCCAAUAAGUGCCUUGUUUUAGACUUGUUUAUUAAUAUUCUGUAGUUAUCUAUAUGUACUGGAUGCAUAGUCAAAGAAAUUAUUUCUGUAGACUGUAGAAAGACUGAAUGCUUGUAGGGUACCUACCUGGUACUUGUAAAUUUUGAAACUGCGCGUGCGGUCUAGUGUGCAUGCACAAUAGGAAUAAUGUGGGUUUUAUAUAUCAUUUUCAUUUUUUGCACAAUUUAGAAUUAUUUUAUACAUGUGAAAGUGGUUUAUUUUGAGAAUAUGGAGAUUAUUAAGUUUGGAAUAUUACCUACCUUUUAUAGAUAUGUAUUUUUAAAAUAAAAUGAGUACGUAAAAAUAAA